ACUCUGUCAGCGACAUGACUAAAGAGCAUUGAGCCUCAGAGUUGUUUGCUUAUUCAAAAGAGACAAUAAAUCAAAACAAAGCGCUGAAACAAAUACAUACGCACGUGCAUACAUAUACACAAAAAUCAACCGAAAUCAAUAUAAUUAAACAAAAAAUUACAUUACAGAGCACUUAAAGAAAUGUUUUCAUUGAAAUUAUCAACAAAUAAAAUGUUUACAAUUUUGUUGUUGCUUGCAUUUAUGUUGGAGAUGAGUUUUGAUCAGCGAACAGCCGCUGCGCCCAGUGAAGUGGAAAGAGCCACCAACAACUUUUUCAACAGCCGUUUAGUCAACAUUUCCGAUUCGAGCAACUCACCGCCCAACUUUGGCAAAGAACGACCAAUCGAAAUUGUAAUGCAGAGCUCAAAAACUCAAGAACUUGACCAACAACAAUUGGAUCGAGCUGCUAAACCCAGUGGUGAUGUUACAGUGGUGACGUUGCGAAAUCGUUUUGCGCUGCUGGAGACGCCAGCAUUUUGUGCGCCGGGUUAUAUUUAUGUGGGCCGACGUUGCAGGAAGUUAGUGUGA